AGAACAGGAAGAAGGAGGAGCAAAACACUUAUACAUUGAAGUUGUUUUAACUACAUUUUAGAUAACUUCAAACGGCUUAAGGUUCGGUAAUGUUUUAUUUGUCUAACUUAAAUGAUUUAAAACUAAUCUAGAUCGGUUGGUUCAUUAUAUUUUAAGGGAAAUUUAGUUUUGUCGUCGAAUUGUAAAGCUCAGGGUUUCUCUUUCUCAGCGUUUGGAGGUACGAUUUUCUCAUCGCCUCAUAGAGACAUAACACCCGAUAGCUUCAAUCCGGACUGCAACAAGAUGCAUGCCUACCACAAACUUUCUGGAGACAGUGGUGACAGCGCUUCCUCAGAUGGGAGCAUUGAACAGCCUCCUUUCUUCAGUGAGGUGUUACAAAAACAUGGAUACACCUUUAAAGAAGAACUUGGACGAGGGGCAACAGGAAAUGUGUUUCUGGUGGAUAAGGGAGAGGGAAAUCAUUUUGUGGUCAAACAGAUGAAUUCAAGAGAUAGGAAGGAGCUGGACACAGUCAAAAAGGAAAUCAAGAUCUUGAAAAAAAUGAUUCAUGGAUAUAUCGUUUCUUAUGUGGAUUCAUUUGAAGAUACUCAAUUUGGACUCUAUUAUAUUGUGAUGGAGUAUUGUGCAGGAGGAGAUCUUAAAAAGAAAAUGGAAACACAGAAAGAGAAAGGGUUUUUUGAAGAACAACAGAUUCUAGACUGGUUUGUUCAGAUUUGUCUGGCCCUGCAGUAUAUUCAUAAAAUCAAUGUGCUUCACAGAGACAUAAGACCUGAGAAUGUUUUUCUGACUGAAGAUGGCUACAUCAAUCUAGGAGAUUUUGGAUGCUCAAAAAUUUUGGAAAGAGCUGAUGCAUAUGCAGAAUCAGCUGUGGGUGCAAUGAACUAUAUCAGUCCAGAAGCUUAUCAGAGGAAACAAUAUAAUUCCAAAAGUGACAUUUGUUCAUUGGGAUGGAUACUCCAUGAUCUCUGCAUGCUGGAUGUAUGGUCAAAUAGGAUAAAGCGUUUAUGUGCACAUGCUAACAGCAUGGAUGGAACCCUGCCUCACAUCUCAGAGAGAUACUCAUUGGAACUUCAUGAAUUAAUCAGACAAAUGCUCAGCUGUGACCCUAAAGACAGACCAUCAGCUGAUGAGAUUCUAGAAAAACCAUUCCUGGAAGAUGCAGUAAAGAGAAACAAGAGAAUUCCAAAAGCACUUGACCAAAGACUUACUGAGUCCACCAGUGCCUUUGAUGAGGCCUACAACAAGCAUUAUAAAGAAUUUGAGAUCUUAGUUAGUGAGUGGGGAAAAACUGCAGAUUUACUAGAGACAGCACAUUAUAAUGCCACAGCAGCAAGUCUGUCAGGUGCUGUGUUUGGAGCAGCUGGAGGAAUAACUGCAUUAGUUGGUGCAAUAUUAGCACCUUUCACUUUCGGAACAUCUCUGAUUGUUUCAUUUGUAGGUGCUGGAGUCAGUGCUGCAGGUGGUGUAACCGGUGCUGGCGCCAACAUUGCAGAUUCAAUUGAACAAAAAAAAUACCAUGAGAUCCUUAAACGAUUGGAACCUUCCAUUGAAAAUGGAAGUGAGCUGAUUCGAUGUUCACUUGAAUUGAGAAGGUUAACAGAAAAAAUGUUUAAGUUCCGUGAUUUUGCCAGUACCUCAACUUCUGAUAAUGUGAGAUUGUCAUGGGAGAUAGGAAAAGGUACAACAGCAUUUGUCACAGGACUAUCGAGCCUUGCUGUGUUGGGAAAUUUUAUCAGAAUUGCUGUUCAGUCUGCCAAAAUCGGGCGAGCAGCAGCAGCAGUAUCAGGUGUAUUGGGUGGACUCUUAGUUAUUGUUGAUGCUGUCUUCAUAGCGAAAGAUGCCAAAGAGAUUCACCAGAUGAGAAAGCAGUGGAAAACAGAUGAUCCAGAAAAGGUCUCAUCCAGUGUACUCAAGGCUAUUGCUGAGAUAAGAAAAGAACACAAAAACCUUCUCAAUGUUUUAGAGGAAAUUAAAGAAACACGUGUGAUUUUGGAAGAAAAGAGAGAGAGAGAGAGAAAUAUGUACAGAAGUGACAGAGACCAGAUAUAAAUAUAGCAUCAGUUAGACUUACACAACAUCCUGCAGAUUUCUCAUUGAGUUCAGGUGACAGGUGAUAAAAAAAGGGCUUUGCAGAAAAUCAUUUCAAUGUGUAAAACGUACUGAGACAAACUAUUGGUGUGUAUGAGGCCUGGAUAUUAUGUAUGUGUGUAUGAUCUCUACUGUACAUAUCUACUGCCAUUUUUUUUUUUUUUACUAAUUACAUAGUGCAGUUGAUAAUAGCUUCAGGGUUUUGUUCUCGAUUAAUAACUAUUAAAAUAUUAAUAUAUUAGAAUUAUGUUUUUAGUGUUUUUUGGGUGAAUAUUUGAUCUGACUUACACCAGAAUCUGAAAAAAUUCCAAAGAAUACUUUCUCAUAAACACAGAAACUAAAUAUUUUUUGAAGGAUUGAAGGAUUCUUCUCAACAAACUGUGUGUUGCUCCUAGACAGCAACCAUAAAUUUGUGUUGUUUUACUUUUUUAUUUUCAUUUAUUCUUCAUGUAUUAUCAUUUAAACAUUGUAUUACUCCAUUUAAUCAUGACCUAUAAUAAUCCUUUUGAAACUUUUUAUAUAAUCAUUUCAUUCAUUAUAUAAUUUACAAAUUUAGUUGAUGUUAUUAUUUUUAUAUAUUUUUGCCAUUGUUGUUUAGUCUUAUGAUUGUGUGAUUUUUGAGGGCCAUUUGCCUUCAUAAGAGAUCAGACAGUGUCUACAUAUCAAGUUUUUUUAAUGUCACAGGAUAAUGUUGUGAAGCAGUCAUUUUCCAUUGCUAUGGCUUGUGGUAUAAUAACAUUUGUUGAUUUGUGUUAAUCAGAUGAAGUCUGAGCAUUGAAAUGUACACAACUAAAAUUAUUCAAUAAACUCUGCUCCUUUUUUUAUCAUCAUCACAUUGUCUCCUGGUUCUGCUUUUCUCUGGCUUUACUCAGACCACUUCUUGGCUGACAGAAGAGUGUUAAUACAGUAUUGGACAAUAUGUGCUGUUAAUGGGUUUUGGUUCUUAGACAAUUUGGGUCAUGGCCUAGUGGUUAGAAGGUUUGACUCCUAAGGUUGUGGGUACAAGUCUUGGGUUGGCAAUACCACGACCGAGGUGUCCUUGAGCAAGACACUGAACCUGCAGUUCCUCCCUGGGUGCUGGAUCUAGCUGCCCACUGCUCCGGGUGUGUGCACUUUGGGUGGGUAAAAUGCAGAGC